AUGUCCUCCAACCACGCCACGCUGGAUGCGGCCUCCAACGAGCGCAAAGCCCGCCUGGCCAAGCUCGCCGCACUUAAGCGCAAACAACCAGAGCCCGAAGAGCCGUCUGCGGUCGGUCCCGAUAGUGAAGAGGCAGACAAUUCCGCCACCGAUGUGACCGCAAAGUUCCUGUCUGGCCGCAAUUACGAUGCCGAAACCCGCGGGCCCAGAUUGGGCUUCGAGCAAGCUCCGCAUGAAGGCAAAGUGACGGUGGAAGCACAAGCUGCCGAGAUCGCAGAAGGCGUGAAAGAGCAAGCUCAAAAGGAUGAAGAUGGUGACCAACCUAUCGAUCUAUUCAAGCUGCAGCCGAAGAAGCCUAAUUGGGACCUCCGGCGGGAUCUGGACGAGAAGCUCAAGAUUCUCAACGUGCGGACGGAGAACGCUAUUGCCCGCCUGGUUCGACAACGGAUAGAGACUUCACAGCGCACAGCGAAGGAGCGGGGUGCAACUUCCAACGGUGAAGGAGGAGAGGAAGUCGGCAUCGAGGGGGAUGCGCUGGUGGAGGGGAUUCAUAUGCGGGAGCAGGAAGUCAACGAUGAAGAAACGAUUUGA